AUGCAACGGGCCAUGCAAGUGCUUAAACAGCCAAUAGAGCAGACAACACACGAACAGCUAGAUGAGAUUCAGACAUAUGUAGAGAAUGAAGAGAAGAUAUAUGCAUUGGCAUCAGAGGUAGAACAGCUGCUCUCCAUGUACAUUGAAAAGAGAGAUUUCUUCUUCGGGCACGUAAGCAGAGAUAUAUAG